CAAGAAAGUCAACAUGUUUCAUCCCAAAAAAGAAAGACUCAACAAAACCAGCCUACUUUCUCAGACUGACAAGAGAAAAACUCGUGCUUUCCCGUUCCAGAGUAUUUUCAGUUCCCUAAGUCCAGUCUUUUCGCGAAGGAGUCUCAAACUGGCGGCCGUUGCUGGCGCUAGUGCUCCGGCUGCGAUGACAUCAGUGGCAGUUGCCGUAAAAGGCGUCAUCGGCGACAUGGAAGGAGGCAACGGAAACCGACGCGCCAUCCGUUCGGCAGUGGAGAAUCUUAUGCCCAACGCUGACUGCUUCAUUUUAGUUCACGUUAUGCCCACCAUCAAUACAAUCCCAACUCCUUCGGGAGUUCGAAUUCCUGUCGAAGAAUUGGAUGAGAAACUGGUAGCAAUCUACGUGGAAGACGUGAAAAGACAAUUUGAACAAGUCUUCAUCCCGUUUAAGAAGCUAUGUAAAACGAAACAAAUGAAAACGCUGGUUUUGGAAGAUGAUAAUCCUGCAAAUGCACUUAUAUCGUAUGUAUCUGAGUCGGGGAUUAACAGUUUAGUGUUGGGUUCUUGCUCAUCAAAGUUUGUAACGAGGAAGCUAAAGGGACCAGGGGUGCCGAUAGCUGUUCUGAAAUGUGCCCCUGAUAGUUGUGAUGUCUAUUAUGUUGUAUCCAGAGACAGAAUCAUCACAAGAUGUGCUAAGCCUUUGUUGGUUACUGAGACCAUCUCCAGUUCUGAAAUAUUGAUCCAAGAGGCUUGUAGAGCAGAUCCCAGUGGCACUGAUAAACACAAACUUGAGUUUUCUACUUCAUAUGAUGAACACAAAUCUUUUCUUUUUACUUUAUAUGAUGAACCUGCAGUCGAAAGGGCCUCCGGAGACUUGUUACUAUAUGAUCGUGGCUACUCCACUUCUGAUAGAGUUUCAAACAUGGCUUCCCUUUCAAAUUCUAGUUUACAUGAGAUAAGAAAUCCUCAAAACUUAGCAGUUAAUAAUGUAACUCCUGCUGCUAAGCGGUUGGAGUCGACAACUCCUACAAUGUCUCCGCAGCAGUCAGAUGUACCUACUGAAGUAGAACAGCUAAGACUAGAAUUGCAAACCACUGUCACCAUGUAUAAACGAGCUUGUGAAGAACUUAUUCGCUCCCAAAAUGAGAUCAUGUUACUUUCUUCUGAAUGCCAAGAGGUGGCAAAGAAAGUGACGGCUGCCCUUGAAAGGAGACAGUUUAAGGAAAAGUUGCUGCUGAAGAGAAAAGCAAAGCAUUUACGAGCAAUGAAAGAGGUUGAGGAAGCAAAAGUGUGCUGCUAGAGAGUAUAUGAAAGAAAGAUAGGCGAAUUGGAUGCCUUAAAGAACAUAGAAAAACAGAAAUUCGUUGAUGAACUUUUUUUAAGUGAUAGGAGGUACAGAAGAUACACAAAAGAGGAAAUUGGGGUUGCAACAGAUUUCUUCUCUCAGAAUAAUAUGAUUGAUGAAGGAGGGUGUGGGAAAGUUUAUAAAUGCAAUCUUGAUCACACUCCUGUAGCUACUAAGGUUCUACAUUCUGAUGCACUUGAGAAGAAAGAGGAAUUCUUGACAGAGGUAAAUGACCUCUAUGCUGAAAUCAGAGUUUUCUACCUUUCCUAUAACAAUCACAAUCAGUAAAUUAGCAAACUUUUUAUGAUUUUUCUCAACUUCGUCUUCAGAAUUUGCAUCUUAAUCCUUUUAAACCAUGACCUUUUGUUAAUGGAGUUUGCAACAAACAUCAAACUGUGAAUUAAUGCUUAUUCUUUUUUGAAAGAGAGAUUCCCUGCAACAAGGACAUAUGAUAUGCUGGAUAAUUCUUUGCUGGUUGAAGUGUUAGGCCAACUCUGCCAUCCCCACAUUGUUUUGCUUCUUGGAGCCUGUCCGGAAAGUGGCUGUCUAGUCUAUGAAUACUUGGAAAAUGGAAGCCUGCAGGAUCAUAUUUUUCAUCGAAAUGGAAAACUGUCUCUUCCUUGGUUUGUUAGGUUCCAGAAAGUUUUUGAAGUAGCCUGUGGACAUGCGUUCUUACACAACUCCAACCAAAGCCUAUUGUGCAUGGGGACCUGAAACUGGGUAAUAUUUUGCUCGAUAGAAAUUUUACGAGCAAAAUUGGGCAUGUUGGCCUUGCUAAGGUCAUUUACGAUGCCAGUCCUGACAACAUUACAGAGUACAGAGACUCGAUUCUUUCUGGUACUCUCUACUACAUGGAUCCAGAGUAUCAAAGAACUGGUACUAUCCGACCAAAAUCUGAUCUGUAUGCACUAGAGUUAUAAUCCUUCAGUUAUUGACGUCACGACAUCCAAAUGUCUUAUACUGACUGUUGAAAUGCCAUCAACAAUGAUUACCUUCCUGAUAUUCUUGACAAGUCAACUGUUGAUUGGCCAGUGGCUGAAUACAGAGGAAUUAGCUCAGAUUGCUCUGAAGUGUUCAAGACUUAGAUGCAGGGAUAGGCCAGAUCUUAACGCUGAAGUCCUGCCAGUUCUUCGUAGACUUGCUAACGUGGAAAAUGCUAGUGUAAAGGUGGGAAGAAAAAGCAUACUUGCACCGAGUCACUACUUCUGUCCAAUCCUCCAGGAAAUCAUCGAUGAUCCACGCAUUGCUGCUGAUGGUUUUACAUAUGAGCAUAGAGCAAUAAAAGCAUGGCUGGAGAGACAUGAAGUAUCGCCAGUGACAAAAGAUAAAACUCCAGCAUUCAUUUCUCACUCCGAACCACACACUAAGUUCUGCCAUCCAGGAGUGGAGAUCUCAGGUGGCAUUAUCAAAAGCCUUGGUUGGCGAAGAUGUUUAACUUUCCGUAGAGCUUUUCAAGUUGGACACUUGAACAUAUCGGCACAUCUUUCCCCCUUCUGACCGCAUUUUCAGGAAGGACAACUGAAGUUUGUAUAUGGUGUAAAGUUGCAAUUUUAUUUUUUGGUAUAAAUUUGCAAUUUUUGACCCACCUUUUCUAAACUUCAACUUAAGCACCUACAUUAAGUGCUGGGAGGACUAACUAAUCAGCUAGAUUGCUGGGGUUGGAUAAAUUUGGCAACUGGUAGACUAGGUUGAGGACUUCUUGAAGUUACUGCAAAUAACUCAAGCAAAAGCGCAUGGUUGUGUGUAUGUAUUUAUGUAUAUAUGUAUAUGUCUGAAUGGAGAUGAGAUGGAAUUGAUUCGGUUAAAAGUAAA